AACACAGGCACAGGGGCCAUUAGCACUCUCUUCAACGCUUUUCCGUAUGGCACGGGAACGCGCCUCAUGACAAUUCUUAGUCUCAUGGUUUUCUUUGUCAACCUUGUGCUGUUUUUCUCAUUCACUGCCAUGGCUUUGGUGAAGUAUACUUCGCAUAGGGAUCGCUGGGCUUCAUUGCUUCAAAACCCCGUCGCAAGUCUAUAUACUGGUUGUUUUCCAAUGGGAGCAACCACUCUGAUAAAUGUGGCCGUUGAUGUUAUACAUGAAGAAUAUCGUUUUGGCGGUCCAGCAUUCCUAUACUUCAUCUGGGCUUUCUGGUGGUUGGACAUCGUAAUUGCUUUCGUUUGUUGUUGGAUUGGGGUUCAUGUGAUGGCGACGCGGCAAACGCAUUCCCUUUCGUCAAUGACUGCCAUGUGGCUUCUCCCCGUUGUUACACUUAUCGUCGCAGCUUCGUCUGGUGGCGUCUUGGGCAGGGCCUUGUUGAACAUCUCCCCUUAUUUUGCGCUUAUCACCAUCGUCGUCGCCGCGUUCCUCGUCACUACUGGACUAAGCCUUGCCCUUAUGAUUCUGACAAUCUAUCUCUUUCGUCUGGUUGUCUACGGCUUACCACAGGGAGGAAGCAUUCUUUCCGUUUUCCUGCCUCUUGGGCCGACUGGCCAGUCUGGUUACGCCAUCUUAUUGAUUGGUCAGACUCUAAAGAAUCUCCUACCUUACAAUCCUGCCUCCCGAUUUCUUCAUUCAAAAGUGACGGGGGAAGUCAUUGAAGUUGUUUGCAUUUGUGCCGCUUUUCUCCUUUGGUCGCUUGCCACAAUGUGGAUGCUUUACGCAUUACUAGCCAUACAAGCAUCACUUCGUCAAAAUCGGGUACCUUUCAAAUUGUCUUUUUGGGGAUUGGUAUUUCCCAAUGGUGUUUACGCCAACCUCACCAUUCAGCUAGCCACCAUAUUUGGCUCAAAUGCCUUCCGUGUGUGGGGAUCAAUCUAUGCGGUUGCCACUUUUAUCCUCUGGGCGUCAAUCGUCUUACGCUCGUUAUGGGAGUUGAAAUGGGUUGUCUCAAACAUCUUGGCUGAUGACUCCAACGGCACACCAAACGGUGACGAUUCCCGCGAGAAGGGAAGCAGUGCGGCGACGAGCACGACUAAUUUUUCCGAGUUGUAA